AUGUACAUUAUUCAGCUUUUGGGUAAUAAAAAUGGCUGCUUGUCUUCUACCCACUCAUGCUCUCUCUCUCUCUCUCUCUCUUUCUCUCUCUCUCUUUUUCUCUCUCUCUCUCUCUCUCUUUCUCUCUCUCCCUCCACAGUUUCAGUUAUCUACCCACUCAUGCAUGCUAUCUAUCUCUCUUUCUUUCUCUAUCUCUUUUUCUCUCUUUCUUUAUUUACCUCUCUCUCUAUUUCUCUCCCUCCUUCUCUUUCUCUCUCUCUCCACAGUUUCAGUUAUCUACCCGCUCAUGCUUUCUCUCUCUCUCUCUUUCUCUCUCUAUCUCAUUUUCUCUCUAUUUUUCUCUCUUUUUUAUUUACCUCUCUCUCUAUUUCUCUCCCUCUUUCUCUUUCUCUCUCCAUAGCUUCAGUUAUCUACCCACUCAUACUUGCUCUCUCUCCAUCUCUCUCUUUUCCUCUCUCUCUCAUUCUCUCUAUCUUUCUUUCUCUAUUUCUCUCCUUCUUUCUCUUUCUCUCUCUCUUUUUCUCUCUCUCUUUCUCUCUCUCCACAGUUUCAGUUAUCUACCCACUCAUGCUUGCUCUCUCUCCAUCUCUCUCAUUCCCUCUCUUCUUCACUCUCUCAUUUUUUCUCUCUCUUUUUCUCUUUGAUCCUCUCUCUAUUUCUUUCCCUUUUUCUCUUUCUCUCUCUCCCUCCACAGUUUCAGUUAUCUACCCACUCAUACUUUCUAUCUCUCUCUUUCUCUCUCUAUCUCAUUUUCUCUCUCUUUUUCUCUCUCUAUUUCUCUCCCUCUUUCUCUUUCUCUCUCUCUCUCUUUUUCUCUCUCCACAGUUUCAGUUAUCUACCCACUCAUGCUUGCUCUCUCUCCAUCUCUCUAUUUCCCUCUCUUCCCCACUCUCUCAUUUUUUCUCUCUUUUUCUCUUUGAUUCUCUCUCUAUUUCUUUCCCUCUUUCUCUCUCUCUCUCUUUCUCUUCACAACUUUUCACUGGUAUACUCUCUCUGUCUGUCUCUCUCUCUCAUUCUCUCUCUCUUAUUCUCUCUCUCUCACUCAUAUUACCGAAAUCUAGCGAGAAUUCGAUCAAUGAGUUUAUUUCGUAG